AUGUAUCCUUCUAGCAUUAUCCAGCCGCUGCCCGCGCCGCAUCCCGCCGCCGGCGGCCCGCACUCGGGCUGCAGCUCGGCGGCGGCGGCGGCGGGGGCCCCGAGCCUCCUGUUGCUGGACUACGACGGGUCGGUGCUGCCCUUCCUCGGGGGCCUGGGCGGGGGCUACCAGAAGACCCUCGUGCUGCUCACCUGGAUCCCGGCGCUGUUCAUCGGCUUCAGCCAGUUCUCGGACUCUUUCCUCUUGGACCAGCCGAACUUCUGGUGCCGCGGGGCCGGCAAAGGCGCGGAGCUGGCGGGGGUCACCGCCACCGGCCGGUGGGACGCCGGCGACGUGGCCAACUGGACCAGCCCCCCGACCACCCCCUUCUCCGCUGCCUCCUGGGGGGCCGCGGGCAACCUUAGCAACGGCAGCGGCGCGGACGGGGGUGACACGCCACCCCUGCCGUCCCCUCCGGACAAGGGGGACAACGCCUCCAACUGCGACUGCCACGCGUGGGACUACGGCAUCCGCACAGGCCUCGUCCAAAACGUGGUCAGCAAGUGGGAUCUUGUGUGUGAUAAUUCCUGGAAGGUCCAUAUCGCUAAGUUCUCCUUACUGGUUGGAUUAAUCUUUGGCUACCUAAUAACUGGAUGCAUUGCUGACUGGGUCGGCCGGCGGCCUGUGCUGUUGUUUUCCAUCAUCUUCAUUCUGAUCUUUGGACUAACCGUGGCACUGUCAGUGAAUGUGACAAUGUUCAGCACCCUCAGGUUCUUUGAAGGAUUCUGCCUGGCUGGAAUAAUUCUUACCUUGUAUGCAUUACGAAUAGAGCUGUGCCCCCCUGGAAAACGGUUCAUGAUCACGAUGGUGGCGAGCUUCGUGGCCAUGGCGGGGCAGUUCCUCAUGCCCGGGCUGGCCUCCCUGUGCCGAGACUGGCAGGUCCUGCAGGCCCUCAUCAUCUGCCCCUUCCUGCUCAUGCUGCUCUAUUGGUCGAUAUUCCCCGAGUCCCUGCGGUGGCUGAUGGCUACCCAACAGUUUGAGGCUGCAAAGAAGCUGAUCCUGCACUUCACGCAGAAGAACUGCAUGAACCCCGAGAGUGACAUCAAAGGUGUGAUGCCUGAGCUGGAGAAGGAGCUUUCCCGGAGGCCCAAGAAGGUCUGCAUCGUGAAAGUGGUGGGAACCCGGAACCUGUGGAAAAACAUCGUGGUCCUGUGUGUGAACUCGCUGACGGGCUACGGGAUCCACCACUGCUUUGCACGGAGCAUGAUGGGCCACGAGGUGAAGGUGCCACUGCUGGAGAACUUCUAUGCCGACUAUUACACUGUGGCCAGCAUUGCCCUGGCAUCCUGCCUGGCUAUGUGCGUGGUGGUCAGGUUCCUGGGGCGCAGGGGCGGGCUGCUACUCUUCAUGAUCCUCACGGCCCUGGCCUCGCUCCUACAGCUCGGGCUCCUCAACUUGAUUGGGAAAUACAGCCAGCAUCCAGACUCAGGUAUGAGUGAUAGUGUCAAGGACAAAUUCUCCAUCACAUUUUCCAUCGUGGGCAUGUUUGCCUCCCACGCGGUGGGAAGCCUCAGUGUGUUCUUCUGUGCAGAGAUCACCCCCACGGUAAUCAGGUGCGGCGGGCUGGGGCUGGUGCUGGCUAGCGCGGGCUUCGGCAUGCUGACAGCGCCCAUCAUCGAUCUGCACAACCAGAAAGGCUACUUCCUGCACCACAUCAUUUUUGCCUGCUGCACGCUCAUCUGCAUCAUCUGCAUUCUCCUGCUGCCUGAGAGCAGGAACCAGAACCUGCCCGAGAACAUCUCUAACGGGGAGCACUAUACUCGGCAGCCGCUCCUGCCGCAUAAGAAGGGGGAGCAGCCCCUCCUGCUCACCAACGCCGAGCUCAAGGACUACUCCGGCCUCCACGACGCGGCCACCGCAGGGGACGGGCUGCCCGAGAACGCCACAGCCAAUGGCAUGAAGUCCAUGUAGCUCUGGGCACGGCCUUCCCUGAAGGGGGCACUGGGGGCUCCAGGGGCUUGGGGGCUGUUUGGGCACAGGUUUACAGACCAGGGACCGAACACGUGGCUGGGGGGGGGAGGGGCAGGAAAACCCAAUUCUGCUGCUGAUGCCACGGAUCGCAAGACUGUUAACUGGUGUGGGGAAAUUCUGUCUUUCCAAAACUCUAAGGAUCGUGUGUGUGAGGAAGCAAACUCUUUGAAAAUAACCCUUCAGACUUUCUUUUCUGCCAUGAAAUGUUUGUAUUUAUUUUGGUCAUUUUUACGAGAAGCACUUUAUUCCCUUUCCUCUAACUGAUCUCGAAACAGAACCACCUCCUUCGGAAGAGGGACACGGUUGCCGAGGAGGACGCCGUAAGUAGCCAGCGCAGCGGCCCUGGAGGUCACACACCACCCUCAUCCAGCACCCCGCACCGGAGCCAGGGGUCCCUCCCUCUGGGCCCGCGCCCCCCAAGGCCGCCUGCCUGUGUGCGGACAGACUGACCUGUCGUGGAGUGUCUCCAUGACCGCAUUGUAGACAGAGUGAAAUGUAAACGAUUAGGUUUUUGCUAGAGAGUCUGUGUAUGGUUUCUAAAGGGUUUUUGUGUGUGUGUGUGUUUGUGAGGUAAGAGCUUCUGUUCCAUGCGUUGGGGGAAAGCAGCUCCCAAAUAUCAUUAAAACCAGCUUAGUCUUUCCUUCGAGAUCAUCCUUUUGUACUUGAUGCUGGAAGCUCCUUGGGGCAAAGUGUACACAUUUCACCAGAAAUCCUAAGUAACGGGUGGUACUAAGGCCACGGUCUGCCGACAUUGGUUCGCCUGGCCGAGCUCAUGACGAGCAAGGGUGUGGAGAGGUGAGGCACGGUAACGUCAGUAAUACUCCUUCCCGGGUUUAGCUCCAGCAGGAAAGUCCCCUCUGUCACACUUGGCUUCCUCGCCAGCACAGCCUGAACAUGAGGCUACUUUCUGAACUGAAAACCAAUAGGACACUAACUGACGCAGACCACUGAGGCAAACCCACAGGAGCGAGGGGUGCUCUCCCGGACGUGGCCCGUCACCCACAUCUCGAGCACACGCCGCAUAGAAAUCACCAGCCUGGAUGACUGUCAGCUCUCACCGACUUCAUGCUGAGACGCUGCAAAGCCUGUGGGAGCCACUCCCCCACACAGCCCUGCCUUGGCCUGCUUCCUGCUUCCUGUCGCUUCUGUCAGCACAGAGCGGGGCUCAGGGCGAGGAGUGGGACUCUCACAGCUGAGUCCACCUGACCUCCGGCCUCUUCAAGCAUCAAGACCAGUUGAGAGAAAGCAAUAACUCACCAAAGUUCAACGCCCACCCCGCCCCCGAUAGCCAAGGGUUUUCAUCGUGCUCCUCACUGCGUCCCCGACAGUGAAGGCUUCCUCCUGCCUUUCCAGGUCGGGCUUCCUGCGCCUGUCUGAGGGGCGCGUCACUUGGAGGGCCUCCGCAAGGCCACCCAGGGGGCCACGAACAAACAAGCUUCGUCGGCGCAGGCAGGCGCUGUCUUGUAGCAACACAGGCACCCGGUUUUUUGGACAGCCUGGUUUCUUUCUAGAAUUGUCCACCUCCGCACUUUGUGACACAUGUCUUUGCUGUGAGCCGUGUUCUUCCAGGGAGCUUGUGGUCUCGAGUCUGUGAAGCAAUUAGGGGACUUCCAUUGGACAGCGGCUAGAACUCAAAAGGGCCAGAAAAGAGGUUGACGUAACUUCCCUUUCAUCCCCGUCCAGCUUUCUACCCGGUCUGUUCUCAGUCCACCCACCACCCUCCCCCAAAACCGCCAGACCCCAGUACGAGCCCGCUGGCUUGCUGCAAACACCGUGAGGUGAGCCAACUCGCAGGGAGUAAACCGCACCGUCUCCUCACCAAUGCCUGGGACGGAAGAUGCCCGGCGGGCCCUCCCCAGCACCACCCGCUCCAAGCCCAGCUCACCCACACCUCCCUUCAUUGCUUUUAAGUCACUUUGUUCCACGUUUCAAUGUUAGUCUGCAUUCCCCUCAAUCUGAGAUCUUUCUUUCCAUCUCUGCAGCCUUCACGUGCCAAACUUUGCCUUUUUUAGAGUACUUACUACAAAGCCCCCGGGCGGCAGGACCCAGUCAGCCCAGGACAGGACCUGCGCAGCGGCCGGGCCACCGGGGGGGCGGGGGGGACACUUGGGAAGGAGCCGGCGAGGGCCCCGAGGCCGCACCCGGCCGGGUGUCUGUCUGCGUCCCUCAUCCCGGCGCCAGGACGGCCCGCUUGCUGUCUUCCAGGACUUGGGCGCCUUCCCUCGCUGGCCGCAUGGACCUUCGUGGAGCUUCUGUGAGAACCGUCCUGAAGCCGGCGCGAGCCACCGCUAAUCUCUAGCCAGGAGGGCAGAGGCGAGGCAUGGCACGGACAAGGUCCUGUUCCUCAGUCUCUGAUCUCCAUGUGACGGGACAACUGUGAAGACCAGUCCAGUGGAGACAGCAGUCAGCACUGUCACUUCAGUGAUCUGGACUAGAAGAGAAGCUGGCUAUGGGGACCAAAGUCUAGCAGAUGUGAACAUGGCUGACUCGCCAACAAUCCGUGAUGUCCCGGCAAAGAGGUCCCACAGCUCUUCUCUGGCGGCAGCCGCGGGGUUAGGCUGAGCUGCUCUCUUGCUGGUUGGGCUUCGGGACACCCGAAGCUCUUAAGGAACGCCUUUAUGAGAUGAGGACGAAGCAGGAAAGCUUCCGUGCGGGCUGAGCUCGUGGACAUCCCGUACCGUGCGAGCAAGGCAAGAGGGGCCGUCUGCGCGGGAGGGGGCUGUGGGCCCCCCUGGCACGGGGUCAGCGGUGCGUGGACUCCUCGGUCCUGCUGCCUCCGUGCUUAGUGAGGGAACACUUCUCAGGCACCUGCUACUUCAAGUCUGCCUUCCCCACCGCCUCCACCCCACCCCCUGCUGCCGGGGGAGACAUCCCCAGCUCCAGCUUCCUCCGCCACCCACUCCUGCAUCCUGCUAGCCUAUCAGGGAGCUGUGAUCCCCUUCCAAUGAAAGUUAUGCACAAAUGUGAACACCUGAGACAGGGCUGGAUAUUUCUUCAUUUUGUUCUUCUCCAGAAGUCAACAGUAACACCACAUCCCCUAAACGGUAGCGCCCCAGACAAAUAGGAAACAGUUUUAAAUGCUUUGUCUUCUAAAAGAGUAGAAUCCCUUGCAACCAGGGGAAGGGGGCUGGUAGGUUGGUUUGGCCACACAACAGAAAGAGAGCAAAACUAAACCUCAUAAAGGAAGUAAUUGCACUCAAACAUUACCACUUCCUAGAGCCAAACAAGAAAUGACUGAAGUGCCAUUAAGUGACCCAUGUGACCAUCGCAUCGCCCGCCCCUGGGGGCCCGCGGGCACACACAUGUGCUGGGGGAGCCCACACUUCAACUCUUUUAAAGAACACCUCACUUUAAUGUAUUGUGUGUUUUGGAAAAGCAGUACAGUGUGUUAUGUCUAGUGGGGAAUACUUCCCUCCCUCUGUCCUUUCUGCAACCCCCACAUAUUUGAGGUUUCUAUGUAAGAACCGUGUUACUGUACAUGUCGACCGGGAUUACUCUGGAGGUGCUCAUUCAUAGCACAAGCCUAAAUCGAGUUCUGAACUGUCGUUCAAAGCUAAACGUCUGCAUGAUGUCACAUCUGUUGUACCUUUGGGGAAAAUUUGUAUGUAAAUGUACAGAAAUAAAAAAUGUUGCCCCAUUAACAAAUUUCCACUGGAAUGUCUUCCCUACCUCAUCUGAUGGUAUCCAAUGAAGGGCAUUUCAUGACCAUUGACUACAAGUAAUAAAAACUCUACCUGUUUAUGCAGCUCUCACUGUCCCUACUUUAGCGCCUCUGUAAACCGAGUCUUGGCUCUCACCCUGAGGGGACAGCAGGUGGCCUCUCACCUCGCUUGCAGGGUCCCGGUCUUAAAGGCAAGUAGAGGCAGAGAUCGGAUUGCACGCAAACUGUUCCCUUGGUGAUGUUCUCAGACCACCUGAGAAGCAGGGGCCAUCAGCAAACUGAAGAGUUCUUUUCUCGUGUGUAUUGACGUCCUGCUAACCCAUGGCCUGACGGUUCCUAGAGAGGUCAAGAAAGGACUCUCUUACACUGUGAUUCUGAGAGGAAGUUCUGAUAACCCAAAACUCUCUUCUUUAAUGUAGUAUUUUUUAACAAGAAAACACUAUUUCUUUAAUAAAGU